CACUGAUUGCGAACCAGAAACAAAAAAAUAUAUAAUAUCAGGUGAUAGGUGAUAAAAUAAAAACCUCGUUUUGAGAUGCAAAAUAUUAAAAUUGAUUAUUAAUUACGGCACCAAAACGUUUUCCACAUAAGGCACUAUUUAAAUACUAUCGGUUUAAAUAGACUGGGCAACGUAAAUUGAUAAAAGUAAUACCGAAGGUUGGUUUUUUCUUCGUAUCGGAUAGUCGGUAGAAAGAGCAAGUGAAAAAUGAAAAAAACAGAUUAAAUUAAGGAAAUAAAAAAUAUAUUUAUUAGCUUGAAAAAGGAAAAAUGCCCUUUGAAAAUAGCAAACAGAAAUGUUGAAAGAAUACUUGAAUAAAUUUUGAUUCGAAAAUGUGUUGUGUCCAAGGUGUCUUGAGGCUGUUUUCCUUACCCCCAUCAACAUAACAAAAAGACCCAAGCAAAAACAACAACAACAACCAUUAUACGAAAGGAAGAAGUGAAGAAAAUACAGCGCAACACAGUGACACAAAGGAGGGAGCGACAGGAAUUAUUGAUUUGUUCUUUAAAAUGUUCAUCGUUUAGUUUUAGGUGCAAAAAUAUUGACACUCGCUUUGUUUUUCUUACGAUAAAUGUGUCAACAAUUUGUGUUUAGUGGGCCCGCACUGCAAAUGUUGUCUUGCAUUUAUGUAUAACAUCGAUAUCGACCCCCAAACAUGAGCCGCUGCUAUUUAAUUAAUUUGUAUUUGUCGUUGCGGAAAGCAAUAGAAAGUACCUCCAAAACAAAUUACAUGCUUUAGAUAUGCGCAAACAACAACAGCAAGAGCUACAACGACAAAAUGAAAGUUUUUAUAUUGAAUUUAUUUAACUAUAAUUACCACAUCUACAAUUCGAUGCAUACUUUGUUUCAAAGGAUGUCUGUUAUAACGAUCCUAUGGUGUUUGCUGAUAGUUGAUGUAUGCCACGCUUCUCCCAUUAACAUCAAAACAUCAUCUGAGAACCAGAGCACUUCAUCCUUGAUCUACAAUAACUUUAACAAACCUUUGGAGUAUGGAAGUCAGUCCUUCAAUGCUAGCAACGGCGGUGGUAACUCGAGACGUUUUGUGUCUGGCAAUGCUGCAAGACCCACUUUUGGCAUACGAAAUGACUCGAUGCCACAAAUGUUGGUAUCAGCCACACUUUCAACACCUAAGCAGCUGAGGAAUAAGCCCCGAGAUCGUCCUCUUAAGUGUCAUUGCGACAUAUGCAAGGAUAGUAACAAUAUAUGUGAAACGGAUGGUUAUUGUUUCACCUCGGUACAAAAGGAAGCAUCCGGCAACACAAUAUUCAGUUACAGCUGCCUUGAUAAGAAAUACGAUAUGCAACGGGAGCCUUUUGAAUGUUUGACCAGCAAAGAAAAACAACAUACCUAUGUCGUUCAGUGUUGCCAUGUGGAUUUCUGCAACAAAAAUGAACUCUUAAAACUGAAGUUUGCCGAAGAACACCAUAUACCGCCUGAAGAUCCGGCCUGGUGUCACGAAAGCACCUCUGAGUCGUCUGUACAAUGUUGCGAAGAAGAUUUCUGUAAUACAAAAGAAAAUUAUACGGGCGCCUUGCCAGAUUAUCUACCAGAAGAGACCAUCAACACAUGGGUGCUGGUCGCCAUUAUAUUUGGGGCAACCCUUCUUGCGUGCCUGUUGGUGUUUGUGUCGUGGUGUUUCUAUCAGAAACGUAAACAAGGAACAAGUCGAGCACGUCCAUUUGCUCCCGAAGAUUCAGUGUAUGAUCCCAUCUUGAAUGGCGGCAACACGCUGCAGGAUAUCAUUGAACUGACGACCUCGGGAUCUGGUUCAGCCGGUCUGCCGUUAUUGGUGCAACGUUCGAUUGCUCGACAAAUACAAUUGUGCCAUGUCAUUGGAAAGGGGCGUUUUGGCGAAGUAUGGCGUGGACGUUGGCGCGGCGAGAAUGUGGCCGUGAAAAUAUUUUCAAGUCGUGAGGAGUGUUCAUGGUUUCGUGAAGCAGAAAUCUAUCAGACCGUUAUGUUGCGGCAUGAAAAUAUCUUGGGUUUCAUAGCCGCCGACAACAAAGACAAUGGAACUUGGACUCAGUUAUGGCUAGUCACAGAUUACCACGAAAAUGGAUCGUUGUUUGAUUAUCUAACAUCGCACACAGUGGACACAAAGACAAUGCUCAGUAUGGCUUUGUCUAUUGCCACGGGUUUGGCACACCUCCACAUGGAUAUAGUGGGUACACGCGGUAAACCGGCCAUUGCCCAUCGCGAUCUGAAGUCAAAAAAUAUUUUGGUCAAAUCGAAUUUGACUUGUGCCAUUGCCGAUUUGGGCCUAGCAGUGAGGCAUGUGGAAAAGAAUGAUUCUGUGGACAUACCAUCGACCCAUCGUGUCGGUACCAAACGCUAUAUGGCACCUGAGGUAUUGGAUGAGAGCAUGAAUGCCCAACACUUUGAUUCGUACAAGAGAGCCGAUGUUUAUGCCUUCGGCUUGAUACUCUGGGAGAUUGCACGUCGUUGUAACAUUGGCAUGAUAUACGAUGAAUAUCAAAUGCCGUACUAUGAUGUAGUACAACCUGAUCCCAGUAUUGAGGAAAUGAAAAAGAUUGUUUGUAUUGACAAAAUGCGUCCCAACAUUCCAAAUCGUUGGCAUGCUUCGGAUGUGUUGCACAGUAUGGCUAAGGUUAUGAAGGAAUGCUGGUAUGCGAAUCCAGUGGCGCGCCUUACAGCACUUAGAAUUAAAAAGACUCUGUCAAAUAUACGAGUCGAGGAGAAAGUCAAAAACUGAUGUGUGUCAUGGCAAGCACAAGAAAAUCAAUCUGCACCACCAUUGAUCCCCCUACCCAUUCAAUUUCAAUUUCAAUAUCGAUAUUGAUUGAUUUGUAUCAUGAACACGAUUACAUCGAUGGGAGCGUUGACAAAAGUAUAUUUUUUAUGUUUACGAAUGAGAUUUGAAGAAUGUAGAGAUAGAGAGUGAUUUACUACGAUAUCCUUAAGUACGUUUGCCCAAGACGAAAGCAGGGGAAAAGGCCAAACGCAAGUACAACUGUGCGUCAUUUUCACACGAUGUGGUAGGAAUUGACAGACCCAAGGCAAUAGCCCAAUAAAAUAUGAAAGGCAUCGUGGAGAAACGAUUAAUUAGCCGUCCUCUUGGAGAAGUGUCUUCUUUGGAGAAGCCUUUAAAAAUUCCUCGACCAUGGGUGGAUAUGCUUGCAGUCAUCGCAUCGUUUGUUGAUGACAUCCCGGCGGACGCCUUGUCAAGCAAAAUAUUUUGGGCAACUUAUAUUUUAUUUUUAUAAUUUUUUUUUUGUAAAACAUUUUAAAUGUUUCAAAUUAGGUUACUCAAAGUUAUUUUUAAGGCAGCUACAUUUAAGAUAAGUCGUUUGGCAACGGCUAUAAGUUUGAAACCGGAGUAAAUUAUGCAAAAAUCCUGUUUUCUGUUUUGCCAAAAGGCAAGUUACGCUCUAUGUUUCUAUUCUAAGUUAAAUGUACCUAAUAAUUAUUUAUGUAUGAUGUAUGUAUUUGAAUUUACAUGUCCCAAUCGUUACGUAUGUAUAUACUACUAUGAAUAUCUACGUACCAGAAGGAACAAUAUUCGUUUGGUAAUAUUUAGAUGGACAGGCAAAACACAGUGCGCGACAGACAAGCUUCUUCAAUUAUAUUAAUUAUUGUUUUUCGAAUUAUUUUAAAUUUCUACGAAACCAAAGAACCAAAUGGGUUGGCCCAUGCGAUUACAUUGCAUGAUGUAUGCAUGUAUAGCGAAUGGCAGGACCCUUGUCUAAAUAAUAAAAAGCAAAUCUUGUUCCUUUGCUCUACACACUUCGCACCGGAGGUGUUUUUAUUAAACAAAACAACAAAACAAAAAUCUUGUAAAUAUAACACCAAUAUGAAGUUAGAAACUAACAA